CUUAAUUUUUUUUGGCAACUAAAUUUUAAGGAAAAAUAAUAACAAAGAGAUAUGUCUGCUUAUACAAAAUUCAAAAUUGUUUCAAUGCUCUCAUUUUCAGGGCCACGAGUUCAACGUUUCAGCACAGGUUGUCAAAAUGAUGGGGGUGCAAGGAAAGACGCCGACAAAAAUGAGUCCAACCUGAAAACAGAAAUCAAAUUCGAUGCUUUUAAAUUGUCCAAGGAUAAGGUCAAAGGAAAUUGUUUUGUUAGCGACGCCAAUGCAAAUUAUAUGGAAUAUCUCUUCUCGAAAUGGAUUAAGGACCCCAAUUCUGUACAUAAGUCCUGGCAGCUAUAUUUUAAUGACGUUUUGCAAAGUAAGAAUGUAGGGAAAAUAGAAAGUUUUUCGCGCACAGCAACUCAGAAUCUAGAUACUCUGCCCGAGAACUGUGCCUCAUUUGAUGCAGCGCUAGAAAAAUUGGGUGACGUCGAUUUUUAUGAUCUGUGCGCCAAACUGGAGUUAGCCAAGGCAGCGAAAUCUGUUAAGGAUACUCAAAAUGCCGUUGAAACAACAAUUGUUGGAAGUUUAACCGAUUCCGUUGAAAAAACAGCUCAGAAAGAAAAAUCAGUAGACUUAACCGAUUCCGUUGGAGUAACUACUCCGAAGGAAGGAUCUGGCAGUUCAACCGAUUCUGUUGAAAUAAUUGAUCAGAAAGAAAAAUCGAAUAGUUCAAACGAUUCAGCUGAAAUGACUUCGAAGCCGCCCGCGCAAGAGAAAAACUACGUGAUUGGAACUAUAAUAUUAAGUCCAACUACCGAAGAUAUGCCUGUCUCCCAAAAUGUAAAAGAGGAAGCCAAGAAACCGAAACACAGAGAUAGUUUAAAGAUCAUAGCCAAGCCCAAGCGACAGCAACCAAACAAAACGACUUCCAAGAAAGACAAAAUUGAACCGAAGAAACCAGUUGAGCUGGCCGAGCAUCUGCGGGCUGUGGAACGUGUUAAGGAGGCUUUGAAGGAGAAACCCUUUUGUACGCGACGAGAUUUUAUCAAAUCGCAGCUGGAACGCAUUGAAAAGAUGAAGGGUCACAAGUCCUUGGACCGAAAGAAGCCCGAAGAAAUUGUCAAAAUUAUAGCGAAGAGUCCAAAGCCAGAGGAGAAGCCACGCAAAUAGAAACUUGACGGUAUUCAAUAUAUUUCGAAUCUCGGCAUGCUCUGUGGAAAACUUAAUACUUCAAAUAGAUGUAAAAAUAGUAAAAUUCUCUGACAAAUAAAAAUUGAUUUACAUUUUAAAACGCAAAUAAUUCAUAUAGUUUAUCAUGUAAUUCAGAGAAAGCAUAAAAAAAAAAGCAAAAGAAAAAUACGGAAAAGUUGCCAAUCAAAAUUAAAAAUUUUCUUCAAAAUUAGCGUGAAGUUUUAAAAGUAGCUUUAUACUGCGGGUGCGCAGCCAUGAAUCCCAGCCAAGGCCGUCUCGGACAAACAAUAUUGGCCCAGAGCCUGCGGCACGAAUACACGCGCUAUAAUGCGGCACAGCGGGCGCUGCUAAUAGCCAAAAAGCAGUAUUCAAAAAAAAAGGGAACCACCGAUGAAGCCGACAGUUUGGCCAACGGCGGCAAUGCCAUUUACAUUGACAAAUUGUAUUCGAAGUGGUCCAAGGAUCCCGGCUCCGUGGAUCAGUCCUGGGAUGCCUACUUCAGUGGCAAGCCACGCAGCAUAUCGUCGGCACGUCAGCGUCAGCCCAAGAAACGUAAAUGGCAACCAACCUCAGUGGCAGAACGUGCCGGAUCUACUGCUCCGACUCCUGCUCCGGAGGCCGACUGGAAGUACAUAGACGAUCAUUUGGUCGUACAGGCCAUUAUUAGAGCCUACCAGACGCGCGGUCAUCUGGCCGCUGAUUUGGAUCCGUUGGGCAUUGUGGGACCAACUGGCCAUUCCCUCGCCACGGAUGACAAGAAGAUGCAGGCCGCGAGGGCUGUGCUGCGACAGCAUUAUUCCUACAUCUUCAAUGAUUUGAAUGCCCUGUUCAAGCUACCCAAGUCCACGUUGAUUGGCGGCGACGAGCAGUUCCUGCCGCUUCGAGAAAUUCUGGAUCGCUUGGAACGGGUCUAUUGCGGUCAUAUUGGUGUGGAGUACAUGAUGAUAACGUCGAUCUUUAAGAGCAACUGGAUACGCCAGCACUUUGAGAAGCCCGGCGUGAUCAACUUCAAGCCCGAAGAGAAGAAACUGAUCCUUGAGCGUCUAACACGCUCCACGGGCUUUGAGAACUUUUUGGCUAAAAAAUUCAGCUCCGAGAAGCGCUUCGGACUGGAGGGUUGCGAUAUUAUGAUACCCGUCAUGAAGGAGAUUAUCGAUCAGUCGAACAAGUGUGGCGUCGAGUCCGUCCUCAUUGGCAUGGCGCAUCGCGGACGUCUGAAUGUCUUGGCCAAUGUCUGUCGCAAGCCGAUGAAGGAGAUUCUAUCCCAGUUUCAUGGCCUGAAAGCCACCGACUCGGGCUCCGGUGAUGUCAAAUACCAUUUGGGUCUGUUUACGGAGCGCCUGAAUCGGCAGUCCAAUAAGAACGUGCGCAUCACCGUUGUGGCCAAUCCGUCGCAUCUGGAGUUCGUUAAUCCGGUGGUGCUGGGCAAGGCACGCGCCGAGAUGUUCCUGCGCGGUGACUAUCAGGGCAAUAAGGUUCUGCCCAUGCUGAUACACGGCGAUGCGUCGUUCUGCGGCCAGGGCGUUGUCUACGAGUCCAUACACAUGUCCGAUCUGCCGUCGUACACCACGCACGGAACAAUUCAUGUCGUGUCCAACAAUCAGGUGGGCUUCACCACAGAUCCGCGCUUCUCCCGCUCCUCCCGCUACUGCACGGAUGUUGCUCGCGUUGUCAACGCGCCCAUAUUCCAUGUGAAUGCCGACGAUCCGGAGGCGUGCGUGCACUGCGCCCGUGUUGCUGCACUUUGGCGGGCGAAAUUCCACAAGGAUGUGGUCAUUGAUAUUGUCGGCUAUCGCCGCAAUGGCCACAACGAGGCCGACGAGCCGAUGUUCACCCAGCCUCUCAUGUACCAGCGCAUACGCAAGCUCAAGAACUGCACGGUGCAGUAUGCGGAGAAGCUCACCCGGGAUGGGGUUAUCAAAAUGGACGAAUACACGGAAAUGGUCAAGAAGUAUGAUACUAUCUGCAAUGAGGCCUUCGAAGAGUCCAAGAAGAUAAAAACAUUUAAGAAUUCCCAUUGGCUGGAUUCCCCUUGGCCCGGCUAUUUCCAGGGCCGAGAUCGUCUAAGGGUGUGUCCAACGGGAGUUAACAUGAAAAUUCUACAGCAUAUUGGCGAAAUAUAUUCCUCGCCGCCGCCACCUGAACAUAAGUUCGAAGUGCACAAAGGCAUCCUGCGUAUUUUGGGCCUGCGCAAGAACAUGAUUAAGGAGAAGGUAGCCGAUUGGUCGCUGGGCGAGGCAUUUGCCAUUGGCUCGCUGGUUAAGGAUGGCAUACAUGUGCGCAUAUCCGGGCAGGAUGUGGAGCGCGGCACCUUCUCGCAUCGUCAUCAUGUGCUGCACCAUCAGACAAAGGACAAAGCGUGCUACAAUUCGCUGCAGCAUCUGUAUCCCGAUCAGGCGCCCUACGAUGUCUGCAACAGCUCGUUGUCGGAGUGCGCCAUCUUGGGCUUCGAAAUGGGCUAUUCGAUGGCCAAUCCCAACACCCUGGUCAUCUGGGAGGCGCAGUUCGGCGACUUCGCCAACACCGCCCAGCCCAUCAUAGACACCUUCUUGGCCAGCGGCGAGACCAAAUGGGUGCGUCAAUCCGGCCUGUGUGUGUUCCUGCCCCACAGCAUGGAGGGCAUGGGCCCUGAGCAUUCGUCCGGUCGCAUCGAACGCUUUCUACAACUCAGCGAUGAUGAUCCCGAUUGCUUUCCGGACAUGUGCGACUCGGAUCAUGUGGCCCGCCAGCUGAUGAACGUCAAUUGGAUUGUGACCAAUCUGACGACGCCAGCGAAUCUCUUCCAUGCACUGCGGCGUCAGGUGGCCAUGGGUUUCCGCAAGCCUCUAAUCAAUUUCUCACCCAAAUCUCUGCUGCGUCAUCCAAAGGCGCGCAGUCCUUUCCGUGACUUCAACGAGUGCAGCGCGUUCCAGCGCGUCAUACCCGACACGGGUAACGCCUCCCAAUGCCCGGAAAUCGUCAAACAGUUGGUUUUCUGCACGGGCAAAGUAUACUACGAUCUGCUCAAGGAGCGCGAGGAUCACCAGCAGGAACAAACUUGCGCCCUCGUGCGCGUGGAGCAGAUCUGCCCGUUUCCCUAUGAUCUGGUCUUGGAGCAGGUUAAAAAGUAUGAAAAAGCAGAGCUCGUCUGGUUUCAGGAGGAGCACAAGAACCAAGGCGCCUGGAGCUAUGUCCAGCCGCGCUUCGACACAACCCUUCUGCAGAUGGAGGCCGACAACCGUGGCAUUACCUAUCUCGGACGAGCACCAAACUCGGCCUCAUCCACAGGGAACAAGGCGCAGCAUUAUACCGAAUAUAAUGCUAUAAUGACUAGCCUCUUUGGCGAACUGACCGAGGAGAAUAAGAAGCGCAUUAAGGAGAUUAAGGAGCAGGAGCAAAAAGCGGCAAUCAAACAGUCCGAAGCUAGCUUGGUGAAAGCAAAACAGGCCAAAAUGAAAGAGGACCCAAAUAAGAAGGGCGAAAAGAAGGAGGGCGAUAAGAAGGAGGGCGAAAAGAAGGAGGGCGGCCCAAAGGGGGAUCAAAAGGCAGGUGCCAAGGGAGCGCCACCAGCACCAGCAGGAAAAGCUGAAACACCGAAACCGUCCGCAAAGGCGGCACCCGCUGCAGCAGCAGGGCCACCAUCAAAAACUUCACCCUCUCCGGCACAUAAAUCCUCGGCAGCAGAGGCACGAGCAACGGCAGCGGCUCCAUCACCAGCACGUAACCCUGGACAAGAAAGAGAUUCAGGAAAGAAACCUAAAUUAGCUCAAAAAGAAGUUGUACCGUCAGAUAAAUCAAAAGAUGAUAGAGAAGCACCCAAAAGAGCUGCUGACAGAGAUAACAAGCAAGGUAAAGAUGAAAAUAAAUCUUGUAAACGAUCGAAAAAAUCUGAAGAUGAAGCGGCUCCCGAUGAUCCCACAAGCAGCCUGUAAAAAUCUAAAGAGGUGAACAAAAUUUCAGUCUUUCAGAAUUUUGUUUACAAAAAAAAAUCCAAGUAUUGUAUUAAAACUAAAAUAUAAAGUCUUUAGUUAAUGACA